GUUUGGACUACACAGAAAUCUAUCACUUCACUAUUCACUAUGUGCGGCAUAGCUUUGAUAGUAUCUGGUGUUCGUAUCGAUUUAUCAUCUCUUAUCCCAUCACAUGUUUUAACAGCCAAUUAUUCAUCUGAUUCUGCACCUCUUUUAGUUUCUAUAGACGAUAUUAAAGCGGCUUUAAGGAAACGGGGACCUGACAGCUUAGGAAGCAGGUCUAUAUUGCUUCACGCAGACGAGGGAAGUAUUAUCCGGUCUUCAAUGGAAGGAGAGCCGACUAGCGAAUGCGGGUUAACAGACGGUUGUGUUUUCAAUAAUGGUUUAGUUGGAAAAGCUUUAUUUAUCGGUGCUACAUUGCAAUUAAGAGGGGUGUAUCCUAUCACACAACCUUUAGUGGACAAGUGUGGGAAUAUCUUUGUCUAUAAUGGUGAAGUGUUUGGAGGAUUUGAGCUCGGUAGUGAGAGCAAUGAUACUGAAGUCCUCAUGCAGUCUCUGGGUAAAUGCUGCAACUGUAUUUCUCGUGAACACGAUGACGCAUGCUCUUCCAGUCAUAAUAAGAUAUACUCUGUUCCUGAACUUCUUUCAACAAUCAAAGGGCCCUGGGCUUUCAUCUAUUGGCAGGAGAGCUCAAAGACUAUAUGGUUUGGUCGAGAUGGACUUGGAAGGCGAAGCCUUCUUGUUCACUGGCCAAGUUUAAAAGACCCCCGACUCAUAUUUUCUUCUGUAUCACCACCCUCUUCUAUUGAGGAAUGUUCCGAUCCUGGAUAUGAAAAUCAGCAGAGUGAAUUGAACUUUUGGGAAGAGCUCCCAUGUGGAGUCUACAGCCUGUCCAUGAGUGCUUCAGAAAAUUUUUUGGGCAGAGUCAAGAGACAUAAUUGGACCAAUCCCUUCCUGGAAGAACUGAUUAAGUGGGAAAGAUGUUUCGUUGAACCCAAACCUGAACAUUUAAUUGAAUCCCCAGAAGUUUUUUCUCGUGAGCAACAAGGUAUUGUCUCUUGGUUUGCUACAGGGCUUUUGCAUCAGAAAGUUCUGGCUGCACUAAAAGAAUCUGUGAGGCGUCGCACAAUAUUUUCAGGACAUCAUCUGGAUAAUUCUCCAGUUUCUGUACUUUUUUCUGGUGGAUUAGACUCCAUGAUACUCGCUGCAUUGUUGGAUGAAUGCUUAGAUCCAAAAUAUGAAAUUGAUCUGUUGAAUGUAAGUUUUGAUGGUCAUUUAGCUCCUGAUAGAAUCUCUGCCAGAGCAGGUGUCAAUGAACUGAGAAAAAUUUCUUGUUUGAGAAGAUGGAAUCUGGUAGAGAUAGAUGCAGAUUUGUCAAAAUUGACUUUGGAGACAAAGCAAGUCAUGUCACUUAUUAAUCCUUCGAAUACAUACAUGGACCUUAAUAUUGGAAUUGCCUUGUGGUUGGCAGCCAGUGGUGAUGGCUGGCUGAGUGAAGAGGUAGACAUGAACAAUAAUCCUGAACAUCAGCGUGUUAAAUAUAAAUCUGACUCCAGGAUCCUCUUGGUGGGUUCUGGUGCGGAUGAGCAAUGUGCUGGGUAUGGCCGCCAUAGAACUAAAUUCAGACAAAGCAGUUGGGUUGGACUAAAUGAGGAAAUGAAGUUAGAUAUGCAGAGAAUCUGGAAGAGAAAUCUAGGUAGAGAUGAUAGAUGCAUUGCUGAUAAUGGGAAAGAGGCUAGAUUUCCUUUUCUAGAUGAGGAUGUAAUAAGCUUGCUGCUUCAUAUUCCACUAUGGGAGAUUGCAGACCUCCGUCAACCAAGUGGAGUUGGAGAUAAGAAAAUAUUGCGAGAGGUUGCAAGAAUGCUUCAGCUGCAUGAAGCAGCUGUCCUGCCUAAAAGAGCAAUUCAGUUCGGUUCAAGGAUUGCUAGGGAAUCAAACCGCAAGAAUUUUGGAAGUAAUCGUGCCGCAAAUCAAGCUUCAGCUGGAAGUGCACUCUUUAACCCAAAUUGAUUUUCAAGGUGGCAUCUUCACGGUUCUGUCCGUAUUUUGCUAAUUCUUUCAGCUUACUGUGUCUCCAACUAUUGGAGACCAAAUGAUUUUGAAUACGUUAUAAUGAAAUAGAAUUUAGAUAGGAUUUGGAGGCGAAAGUUUUAUUUUAUGUCUGCUUUUAGUUAGUUGACUUGAUCCAUAGAAUUUUUAUAAAAAGCAACCACUAUCCUCGUAAUCCAUAUUUUACUUUGAUGAUUAGGUUUUUCAUGUUCAGGUUAUCUGUGAGAUGGAUGAUUUUUGAUUUAUAUGUAUGUGGUUAUGGUAUGACCGUGACCAUUUCCGAA